ACUCACCUUCUGUUGCAAAUAUGCAAAAAGAUAUGGAACCCAGACAUCCCUAUCAAAAACAGAUACAGCGUCUUCGCUGAUCGUGUCAUCAAUGAGCUAGACUCAGGUUCCAAAAAGACGGAAUUACAAAACGACAUUCCAAACGCGGACACCGCAAUAAAUUUAAUCCAAACCGCAAUAAAUUUAAACCUACUAAAAAGCCCCAAAACGUCAAACCUCCGCCAAUAUACAUUCAUGGUAAAAUAGACCAUCUAAAAAUCCUUGACGCACUUAAAUCAAAAUACCAGAAUGCCUUCCAAGCCAAAUUCACGUCAGACAAACUUAAAAUAAUGUUUACGAACAUGAAAGAUUUUACAGAAUUCAAGGCCAUCUGCAUCAAAGAAAACAUUGAAUUUCAUACCUCCACUGUCUGCUCCGAAAAAACAUUAA